AUGGUGUCUCUUUUCUCAGUUGUUUUGACUUUUAUUGCUAUUAUACUCAUCCCUGGUCUCUUCAUCUCUAGGCGUCUAAGUGUUCCUUUCUCCAUAAGAAACAUCCUCAGAUUCAUUAAACUUGCAGCUUCUCAGAACGAUGACGAGGAAGAGAGGAACGAGAAACGUGGUACAAUGGGAGAGAAAGAGAAACGAGGGGGAUUGCCAAAGCAUGUGGCGAUUAUACUGGACGGAAACAGACGUUGGGCGCAGAAACGAGGAGUGGGGACAUCGGAUGGUCACAAGGCCGGAGCGAGGAGGGUUAUAGAGAAUGCUAAGGACUGUUUCGCUAUGGGGAUAAACACUGUCUCACUCUUUGCUUUCUCCACUGAAAAUUGGGCAAGACCCGAGGAUGAAGUUAACGGCCUGAUGUCCUUGUUUGAGGAAAACUUUAGGUCUGAGCUGCCUUUCUUCCAAAGAGAUAAAAUCAAGAUCUCGGUUAUUGGAAACCGGACGAAAAUCCCCCAGUCACUUCUAGGUUUGAUAAGAGAAACAGAGGAAGCUACAAAGAGUUAUGAAGGGAAGCAUCUCAUUUUAGCAAUAGACUAUAGUGGAAAAUUUGAUAUACUGCAAGCGUGCAAAAGUCUAGCCGAAAAGGCUAAAAAUGGGGUGAUCCAAGUAGAAGACAUUGACGAGAGUGUGAUAGAUAAAGAGUUGAUGACAAACUGUAGCGAGUUUCCAAAUCCUGACCUAUUGAUCAGAACGAGUGGAGAGCAAAGGAUUAGUAACUUCUUCUUAUGGCAAUCUGCUUACACUGAGCUCUACUUUCCUAACGUUCUAUGGCCUGACUUUGGUGAGGCUGAGUAUCUUCAGGCUUUGACUUGGUAUCAGCAAAGGCUGAGGCGAUUCGGUCGACGAGUUUAA